CACUUUGAACGGUGCAUGUAAUUUUUCCUUUUAGGCCUAGUGCCAUAACGUACGUCUUUCACUUGUAAAUGCAUGGUGUUGUUCAGAGAGCAGCCAUUUUCACAAUCAUAGUUGGCAUAGAGUGCAGUCGCACUGUCGUCGAAGGCUGGAGGAGGUUAAGUAGAAUUUGGUGGAUUAUUUAGUUGACCAAUCCUGUCAGGAUGGGCACCUUUAUAGGUCAUAUUAUCCCCGGUGUUUUCUUCAUGGUCCUUGCUAUAUGGAACUUGCUUCGACCGUGUUUUCACUCCAGACCCUCAAGAUACACCAGUCGCUGCCACCAGUUCAAGAAGUCACUGCUUAAUCCUGUCUUCAUGGAAGGAGUUGUGAAAGUCAUCGCCACGGUGGCAGCUGCCAUCGGGGAGCUGUGGUGGGGCGGUUGGAAGAUCUCAAGUGGCGGUUCAUUCAGGAGCCUCAACAAUUACCAACACGCCACAAUGUACAGCUUCUUCGGGCUGGCGGGACUGGUGGAGCUACUCACCGUGACAUGCCUCAAGCUCCGGCCAGGACUUGAUAAAAUAUUUCAGGCCACGGCAUUCGCCGUGGAAGGGUUUCUGUUUUACUACCAUCUGCACGGCCGUUCGGCUGUCGACGUGAGACUGCAUGUUCUCUUGGUGCUGGCCAUAGCUGGAUGCGCCGUUGGCUCACUGUUGGAAGCUCUCGUUGACGUACCAUCUGAGGCACACCCAUCCUUCUUCAGGUAUGUGUGGAUUAGUUGUACCAUCCUGCAGGGCACGUGGUUUAUCCAGACAGGUUUUGUACUGUACAACCCCUGGCAUACUGGACCCAAUCCUUGGAUAAGUGAUGAACUAUCGGCACUCAGUAUACUAACCGCUAGCUACGCGUGGCACAUACUUCUUUCUGUUUUCAUCACUGCAUUUGUUGACACUUUAGUGAAUCUAUGUGUGAGGAGAAGAUCAAGACGGGAUACAAACUGAUACUUUCUAAAUACUGUGUACAAAAGGGCCUACAUAAGUUAGCAAUGUGUGGAAACCACUGCAUCGGAUAAUACGAGGUUCGUAUACAACGAACAUUUGUGUCAAGUCCAGCGGAUUGUGUACUCACGGGAGUUGACUGAAUUAAGUACGGAGCAGAGUAAACCUGCAUAAUGCUUGUAUUAUAUGUUUAUAAUCGGCUUCCCUAAAAUAUGUGUACGUAGACUACAUGCACACAAGAGGCCAGGAUCAUUGACAGGCUAGAAAGCUAUUAAUAUUUUGGUCUGGUGCCAGAAGUGUUACAUAAUUAAAUGAAAUGUGAAUUGCCAUAAUAAAAAAACUCAGCUGGCAUUCAAAAAUAUCUCACAAAUGCUCCUGUCUAUUUAGGUUUUUUUUAACAAACCAGGUAAUACCCAAUUUAAAUCAAGAUCUGCGAGUGUUUUGUUUUACUAGUAAACAGUGGUGUCAAUUUCAAUGGUUUGUAAUGUAUAUGUAAUGUAGGUAUUCAAAACAUUAACUACAUGUAGCAUCAUUUUUGGGACAGCUUCCAAGCAUGUGGAACCAGGCCAUAUUUGAAUACUUACUUGUAAAUCAUACCAAAAAAAACCUUUAAAAAGAUUGAAAUGCAUUGCCCAAUGUGAGUUACUGUAGAACAUUGUUAACGAAGAUAUAUCACAUGUGCCAUGUUUAUACUUGUUUUCUAUUCAUAGUCACUUUUCAAUGGUAAAGCAAUUUCAAGUUAGGCCAACUUUUGCUGCUCAUAAAAAUUCACGCUUGUGGAUCUACUAUUUGAAGAUUACAUUUUUUGUACAUUGUCAUUUAUCACGCAAUGUGAUUUAGGGGAAAAUGCAAAAAGGCUGUACCCUGAGGUAGGGCCUACCCUUUAAAAACCUUGUGGUAAACCCAUAUACCAACUGUUUAAUUUUGCAUUUUCUCCUAAUUACUUGCAGAUCCUUACUAAAUGAGAUUUCAUAUCCAACAAUGAUUGUCAGGACUGAGAGACUGAGCAGUUUCGUUUG